AUGUCUACCAAUGAGUCGAUGCUAUUCCCACCGAACUUGAUAAAUCCUCUCCUGGACUUCCCACGACACCAACAAAUGGGCCUGCUUCCCGGUUACCCGGGAACUAACCAUUUUGUUGAAACCCCAAAUCGGGUUACGGAAGCAUGGGAAAGGCGGAAUCUCAAUUAUCUUCAGCCAGGCUCGGAUACGCAGCACCCCGACCCCCAAAAGUUGGGAGCUAUCACAACAAUUUCGCAUUUACCGGAAAUCACUCAUCUUCCCACUGUUUUAUCGGAUUACUUCUUCAAAGAAGUCAUUAAACUUUACUCAGUUUGGGACAACCAUUCAAACCAACUAAGAAUUCUUGCAGGAUCCUUCUGGCAAUCAUCAGGGGUUCUCUACCAUACCAUGCAGAGCAUGGCAGCUGCAUUAUUGACAAAGAGUUUCCCAAACCUCCGCGCUAUUGCUAUUGGCGAGCGUCAAAUGGGCCUCGAAUGUCUCCGGAGUGGCAACGACACAGACGAAGACAGGCUAAUAGGGUCCAUCCUGCUUGGCCACACCGCAAGCUGGAUCAAACCACACGAAUUAUCACACGAGAAUUUUGAAAAUUCCCUCGAGAUGCUGCAUGCGUGGGCUUCCAAGACGCACGACCAUUCCCGUCUAUCGUUUUUCGGAGGGGCGGUUGACUACUGGGCGAUGCUUCUGUCCUUCGUAUCCGAACCCAGAACGAACCAUGACUUCCUUCGACACUCUGUUGUGGAGGCUGGCCCUUCCAGAGCAGACGGAUUGAUAAACCCACACCCUUUCAUUGGCACGUCGGGGACCAUUGUACAAGUUCUAACAGAGCUGGGCACGCUCAUCUUCAGGUAUCGGAAGCGAGUCUCAGAGAUUGACUUCAUUUCCGAGAAAGAUCUUGAAUUCUUUCGCAAAUCAAUACAGAAUGCUCGUCAACUGGAACGUCGGUUGCUGGCCUUCAGACCAUUGCUACCCAAAAGCGUUCAGGAUCCUGGGGACCAAACAACCUCACCUGCUCACUUUGUGAAGAUUGACGAAGGCCUUCGCUGCACAGGCCUGCUGCAACUCUAUCGGGUGUUUCCAGACCUUCUUAAUGAUAGAUAUCAGCCUUGGGACUCAGCUGCCCUGCUACAGCCUCACCCCGCUCUUAAGACUCCGUCUCGGGAGGAGCGGAAUACCUGGCUUACGAUGCUAGCGCUCCAUAUCCUCAACAUCAACCGGGAGAUCCCCUUCGAGUCCCGGACAAGGUGCAUGCAGCCCUUUAUGUUUGUGGCCGCGUCGUGUGAACUUCGCACAGAUCUUGAUGGAGGAAAUGAGGCCGGCGGCAUGGAUGGCAACUGCAUCUCGAUCCAAAUAUCCCAGGCCCGCGAGUUUGUGCGUUCUAGAAUGAUGGCAUACCUUCACGUCUUUCCCCUCCAAAAAGUGGAAACAAUGUUCCAGUUGAUCCAAAGCAUUUGGUCGGAAAUUGAUAAUGGAAGGGAGGUUUUCUGGCUGGAUUGCUUGGACAAUACAACAAUCAGAUUUAUUCUAUCAUAA